UCUUUUGAACUAGAGUGCAUUUCUCAUUUUGCAUAAUUCCAAUGGCUGUGCUCUGCCGUCUUGGGCUCCGCCAUGGACGUGUCUUGACUCCUCUUCGUCUUCCUCUUACGCGUCUGCUCUGCUCAUCCGGGUCCACUCAGGAUGCUCGGCCAACAAAUGAUGACAUUCUCCGAGAUCUUCAGCCUAUCCAUCUUCUCCUCAAAAAAGUUCUCCACUCUGCUAGGUACAUGGAUGGGGAGUGCCUUACUCCUGGUGAUGAGAAAGCUGUUGUAGAGAGACUGCUUGCUUAUCAUCCUUGUUCUGAAGAUAAAAUUGGAUGUGGACUGCAAUCAAUUAUGGUUGAUCGACAUCCCGACUUCAAUGAUACGAGGUGUCUAUUUGUUGUAAGAACGGAUGGUGGAUUGGUUGAUUUCUCCUACCAGAAAUGCCUACGUGAGUAUGUUCGAAAGAAAUACCCUGCACGUGCUGAAAGUUUUACGCGGGAGAAGUUAGGAUUUCGAGUCGAUCAUAUCCAUAAGCGACUUCAUCUCCAGCAACGUGGGAGGUUAUGUGGUGAUUGAGGCCAUGUUUGCUGAAUCAGCGUUUGAGUCUUCAAUAUUUGUGGCACAUUCUUUGCCAUUUACUAUAAUCUCCUUGCAGUUGGGGCUUUAGGAGUAAUAAAGGAUAACAGGGUACAAAUGAGUCAGCUUCAGGUUGAUUACAAAUAGUCGUGAUAGAAUGAAUUUUCAUGUUAGUCUACAAAGGUCAAUCUUGCAGCAAGUAAGACCAUGAACAUAUUUAAAAUGAAAGCUCUUGUUCGGGAUUCUCUCAGUCAUAAGAAUAAUUGAGACGACCUCAAUUCUCCAA